AUGAGUGCUUGUUCAAAGGUGACAACUAUAGUUGUAUCAUCUGUUAAAACUUCUUUGCCCUUUUCUUUAUUGAGCAGAAGAGGGUCAACAUUCAUAAUAACUGGAGUUUCUUUAUUGUCGUUGUUGUGCUAG